AUGGUAGCCACCCAAGCCUUCGACUUCCUUCCUCUGCAGAACAAAUUCGAGGCUCCGGACCUCGUUCGACCAUGGAUGAGCUACUGGCCACCCCAGCCAGGCAGCGCAGUGUACGAAUGGUUUAGGGCAGAGUUCCCUGAAGCCCUUGAAUGGUCCUUUAACCCGGAUAAACCAUUCGAUAGACCCAUGAAAGGUUGGAAGCAAAAGGCAAGAACCCUGGGAAAGGACUGCGCAGUAGAUCUGUUGCCGCCUACGGAAAUACCCACAGCCUCGAUGAUUGCGCCUGACCUGAAACGUACCCCGGUUAACGACCAAGAAGAGGAGCUAGAACAGCGGACGAGAUGCAACGAGAUUGACCAAAAGUUGAGAGUCUUGGGCCUCCCAUCGUGCGAAGUGACAGGAUUUAACUAUCUCGACUGGAGCCCUAAGUACCAGAUUGAAAAGCCGUUCCACUCACGUCUCCCCGUGCUCGACUGCCUGUCUAGAAGCAAUGUGGCGACAAAGGCUUACACUGUUCCCGUCUAUAAUAUAGCUGGGUUCGAAGGCUAUUUUUCGCUGGCCAUCUCGGGGUUCCAGUUCAUAGUUUGUCCUAGUGGUAUGGUCGAGUGGUCUGACGCGGAGGUACAACGAUUGUAUCUACCUCGCAUGAGGCUCUGGCUACAAGAACAUUUCAAAGCCAGCUUCGUGUACAUCUACUCGUACAACCUACGUUGUGAGGACCCUAAACGAUCACCGUCCGUCGACUGGACCGCACCGGUUCCGUUUGCUCACUGUGGUAAUGAGAACUUCCAACAUCCUGCAAUACCAGGGGAUCAUACCGCUCACAAUUGGGCUUGUGCAGAUGUGACCCCGGAGGCUAUAUAUACGCACCUGAAGCUUUACCUACCCGGAAAGGCAGACGAAAUCAGAACAAAACGCCAUCGUUUCGUCAAUAUAUGGAGACCUCUCACCGGUCCACAUCAAGACAUGCCUUUAGCCGUCUGCGACUACCGCAGCCUCAAACAUAGCGACCUCGUUGCAUCCGAUGCCGUCCUUACGCAUUACUGUGGAGAGGGAUAUGAUGUUCGAUACAGCCCUUACCACCGGUGGUUUUACAAGCGAGGCAUGCACAGUGACGAGGCAAUUAUGUUCAAGCUGUACGACAGCAACGAUUCGGAGGCUUUAUUGUGCCCCCACGCGGCCUUCAAGGACCCAUCUGCGCCUGUGGGUACUCCCAAGAGAGCAAGUAUUGAACUACGCGCGAUAAUAGUUGAUUAG